CGAUUAUUCUUGAGCUUACCCGCGACGAGCAUGUCCCAUCCAUGUCUUCAUCUAUCAAUGAACAGAUUAUUCCUGUCCUGAAAGCCUCCGUUCACGACGUUCGACACUUUACAUCCUUACUCCGUGGUGUAAAUUUUGCCAAUGUUCGACAUUUCUUUUGGGUAUAUUCGACUUGUUCAUGGCUGAUGAUCUAUGAAGCGGGCUGGAGUGACUGUAACUCAACACGGACUGGUGGUCGCUGUGGAAGAAGCCCGGACAUUGUUGGGCACCGCGUACAUCUUCUCUGACGUUUUCGAUGAAUACGAGUAUCACUCAGAGUCUCUCAAGACGCGCUCUUUGCAGCACCCUCAAUCACAACAAGACGAAGAAGACAUUGACAUCGAAAACACUGCAUUCGAAAUACAACUCAAUACACUGAUAGAAUGUCUUAACAUAUUUGGUACGGCCGGCGGCACAGGAUCCUCUGGUAGUGGGAAGCGUGUGCAGUUGAAGCAAGACGAUGAGGAGGAAAGCAGUGACAACCAGGGUGACAACAACGAAAGGAAUGGAUUUAGGAGGCAAUCCAAUGGACGCAAGAAGACAGGCCAAGGGGGGAACACUUCUUUGGACCUAUUUUUCAACAGGUCAGAUAGAAGGACUAGCAUGCGAAUGACAUAUCUAGGUGAGGGGUCUCCCUUAACGCUACUCAUUGCUGAAGAUUCUUCUGGACCGACAACAACGUGCGAAAUAUCAACUUUUGAAGCCGAACCACAAUUAGAACUACCCUUCGAUGCUAAGGAUACGAAAUUGAAAGUGAUAUUAAAGUCUUCUUGGUUGAAAGAAGCAUUAUCGGAAAUCGAUCCGUCAUGCGACAAGUUGACGUUCAUUGCGAACCCUCCGGAAAAAGCUGACACGGAUGGUACAGUCGCAAGACAAGAGGAACGGACGCGAACUCGUGCAAAACCGAUACUCCGUAUAAGAGCGACGAGUAUGCAUGGAACUACAGAGAUGGAAUACUUCAACGAUAGAGAUGUUCUUGAAACUUUUGACUGUCUUGAACCAGUGAGCUUUAGCUAUCGAUUUGUCCACAUAACACGCGCGAUGCGGGCUCUCCAGACUUCGGUCAAGACUUCUCUACGGAUCGACGGGGAGGGUUUGCUGAGCCUUCAAUUUCUCAUGCCGGCUCAAAGAGCAAGAAGGGAAGGCACUGGUCACCGGGGGGGCCGGGAGAAUUUUAUCGAGUUCUGUUGUCUUCCGUUGGAUGAAGACAUCAGCUAAAGGUCGUGGUAAUAGAAUGAAUGAAACGUGUGUUAGAUUGCUACUUAAAUUAGUACAAUUUAUGAGUCGACAAACGCCCAUCCGC